AUGACGACGGUUCAUAAAAAACCAGAAAUAUUUACUCAUUUAACAAAAAAAUUGACUUUCGGCACAUAUGCCGUUAGGUGGAUACCUUCUUCAGCUAAAUUUGUAGUCUUAGGGCAGCACCCUAGAGGCACCGGCUUAUUUCAAGUUUAUGAACUUGAUGAACAAGAAUUAGUAUUAGUUGAAGAGCGUGAAACCGGAGGCGCACUAAAAUGUGGAACUUUUGGUGCAUCAAGCCUAAAUUCGCGUCAUUUGGCGACUGGAGACUUUGAUGGACGUCUUGCUCUGUGGGAUCUUGAACAUACUGAGGCGCCAGUUUUUUCUAUCAAAGCUCAUUCAAGUAUUAUUAACGAUAUCGCCGGAUGUGGUGGAUCGAUUACAUCUUCACAUGGUCCACCAGAAUUAGCAACUGCAAGCAGAGACGGAACUGUCAAAAUAUGGGAUAUCAGACAAAAGAAUCAACCUGUUGUUAAAAUUGGUUCGGCCGAAAAAGCAGGUGAUGCCUGGUGUGUCGCUUUUGGAAACGCGUGGAACAAUGAAGAACGAGUAGUGGCAAUUGGUUAUGACAAUGGUGAAGUAAAAUUAUUUGAUUUAAAGACAAUGUCGAUACUAUCGGAAUUAACAAUUUCAUCUGGGGAAGAUGCAACUAUUUGGUGUAUACGUCAUGUUCCCCAAGCGUUAGAUUGUUUUAUGACUUCUACUGGUUCUGGGGCAAUCAAUCUGUAUCAGAUAAAAAACAAAACGUUGAAAUUGAUGGCUAGCGCAACCGUGACGGGGCAACCUGUGGCGUCUAUUGACUGGCAUAUAAAUAAAUCUGGAUUAUUGGUUUUUACGUCAUUUGAUGGGACGGUUGGUGUGAACAUAGUUACUAAUAUUUGA